CCGAAACUUCUGAGCUCGCCCGAUUUCAAUCCUUCAAUCUUGCGAGAACUCGACAAUCGCCUUAGCAAACUUCAACAAGAUCGCCUUAUUCCAACAGCCAUUAUGCUUGGGACUCCACCUAGUGAUCACGCGGUGCAUAGCCUAAACGACUCCUGGCUUGGACCUCUAGAGGGUGGAUCUCGUGUCUACACUGGGCGUGGCAACACAGACACUACGACAACGGCAAAUAUCACAAUCGAUAGACUAAAAAAUGUCGGAAGGGACGCUAAUUUUCAGUCUCACUAUUUUAUACCAUCUCAAGCGGUUUUUAAUUUCGAGGGCUCGAGACAAUCUCAUGCCAACAGUGAGAUAAGAAGUUUCUGGUCAGACCCAGUUGAGCUGCGCCAAAAUCAUCGGGGCGUUCUGGUUGACCGAUUUUCCACUCCACUCCAAGCCUAUCCACCUCAUUCACCAGCCUCGCCUACGCUUGAGCCCCGAUUUUCAGCAAGAUUCAGUCCUCUUCAGAGCCGCCGCAGUAUGCUGCCUUCACCGGCACCAGAACCUUCAAGCCCAGCUGAAUCUUUUGUGAAACUUUUGCCGACAUCUGGCUCUGUUUUCAAAGCACAUCCACAAUCGGGUCUGUGGAGGAGGCAACCUGGGGGUGGUUGGAGACUUGAAGAGGACUGGCAUGGUUAUGACAAAAGCCCAACAACUUUUGAGUGGAGGCGACAGGCAGUCCACCAGAGGCCAUUAUGCCGACACAGAGGCUUUCCAAGACAGCACCUUGGCCUUCAACGAGCCCCUGUCCCACACAUUCUCAUGCCUUCUUGCACUACCCAAACGUGUGACACCUUUUGUAAUCGUUCAGUAUUGCCUACACUUGAGUUCGACUUCGAUUCGACCCGACGCACGAGGCAGUAUCCAUCAUGUGGUGCUCACUUCAGGACAAAGCUUUAG